AUACGACAGUGCAACGAUGAUUUCGUGAUGGCCAACUUCCUGUGGCUGAGUGUCAUCAGCUGGAAUCUCCGUUCCACGUUCAGCUGUAGUGUGAGCCCCGUGAGUCGGUACCGGCCGAAGUACGUGUCCCUUAUCUACAACGUCUAUGCCUGGGGAAUGGCAUCCGUCCUCACUGCCAUCAUUUAUAUGGUGGAUCACCUGGUGGAGGAUGUUCCUGAGAAUGAGCCCUGGAUGCCUGGUGUUGGCUUCUACAACUGUUGGAUAAAUACUCAAGACUGGUCGGCCAUGUUAUACUUCUUUGGACCGAUGUUGAUUGUGAUCAUUUUCACUCGAAAACACGCAACCGUUGUUAUUAGGUCUGUAAAGAUUUUGGUCAUUGGAGAAAUGUCAUAUAGAUCUUAUCAAUAUCGGAACGCUCCUCUCGAUCCACUUUGAUCUACUUUGAACAAAAUGUUAAUUCAUAGCAGCAACUGUCUCAAUACAGAAAGAUCAACUUAUUUUCGGUGCGGGCGCGUUCAAAGGCCUCAUCGCCCCAGGGAUACCUACGUUGGAUUGGAUUGUUUAUUCCAUAGCUCAAUAUUUUAUUUAUUUAGUUUACUUACCAGUCCACUAAAUUAUAAGCAUGUUAUAAAAGGUAAACUAUAAUUUUGUGUGUUUCCCUUACGAUAUGAAGGUUCUUUGCCGCUUUCAAAUAACUUCGUAUCCAGGGAUAGAGUGUUUUGCUUCUGAACAUAUCAAAUUGAUGUUGGUGGGUAUAUGAAAGCGCUUGCAUUUCUAUGAGCCAAUAAAAGUGCAACGUGUGCAAACGCGUCCAAGCUGGGACUUAC